CUGCGCCGCCUUCCUCCACCGCCCUCCCCGAGGCCGCCCAUGGCCGGACCCUGCUCAGCGCGGCUGCAGGGCGAAGCGGCCGCCUUCACCGCUGCCCUCCGCACCCUGGUCAACAACCCCCAGUUCAGUGACGUGACCUUCGUGGUGGGCCGGGAGCAGCAGAAGGUGUUUGCGCACCGCUGUGUGCUGGCGUGCCGCUGCCAGGCUUUCCAGGGGAUGCUCAGCCAAGGGCUGGUGGGCAGCGAGGACAACCCUGGCAGCAUCCCACCCCAAGGGCCCUUCAUCCUGGGCAACGUGCAGCCUGAAGUCUUCCUGGCCGUCAUCGAGUUCCUCUACACCAACAGCGUCACCCUCAACAGCCACAUCGCUCUGGAGGUGCUGACCUCGUCGGUGGAGUAUGGCCUGCAGGAUCUGUGCAAGCUCUGCGUCAAGUUCAUCAAGGACACACUGAGUGUGGAGCAGGUCUGCGAGGCUCUGCAGGCUGCGGUGACCUACGGGCUGGCAGACCUCCAGCAGCACUGCCUGGCUUUCAUCGAGGGCUGCACUGCGGCGGUGGUGCGGACACAGGGCUUCCACGAGCUCUCCGACGUGGUGCUGGCACGGGUGCUGCACAGCGACCGCCUGGCCGUGGACGAGUUGGACCUGGUGCAGGCUGUGCGGGAGUGGGCACACGUCAGCUCGGCCGUUUUGGAGCGCCCAGUGCCCGAGGUGGCUGCCCUGCCUGUGCAGGAGCUGCGCCUGCCCUUACUGGCACCCAACGAGCUGGCAACACUGGAGAGCCACAACCAGCGGGACCUGCUCAUCCCGGUAGAGAGCAUCGCAGCAGCCUGGCGGGCCCACGCGCUGAGGAAGGGCAGCGGGGUGCCCUCCCACCUCUGCCGGCCCCGGCGGGGCACACGGCCCCGUGACCACCACCGGCACCUGGACCCACACACCAAGUAGGGGCUGGGCACCAAGGUCCCCCUCCAGGUGACUGGGGGGCUUGGGCUGUGGCAGUGUCCCCCGAGCUGGGUGCUCCGCCGUGGGGCUGGGCACUGCUGGAGGAGCCAAGAGCAUCAAUGAAGCCCUUUGCCCCCCACGCCACGGUUUUGGGGUCAGGGCAGGAUGCCAGGGUCACCCCCAAAAAAAGGGAUGCAGGGACUUGGGGAGGGAUGCAACUGGUCCGGGGUGGCGGGGGGUGUGUGCAAGGACACCCAGGCAGUGACCCCAGGAGGGUCCUGUGAGGGAGGGGGGCAGAGGGUGAGCCCCCCCCGCCCUGGGUCUUCCCCAGCCCCAAAGCUCCCGGGCGCUGCCCUGGGUCCCUUCCCCAGCUCCCUGCUGCCCCCCCCCGGCAGCGGGGCCGUGCUGCAGCAGGCACCAGCCUGGGCAGGGGUAGGGAAGGGGUUCAGUGGGAUGGGGAGCCCCCAGCCCCAUGACCACGGGGUGUCUGCAGGAGCCCUAA